ACAGUCAAUACGGAGACUGUCCAAAGGAAUACGUCCACCAGGAAGAGACUGCUACACGCUAAAUAAAAAAAAAACAAUGAGCUACCCCGGAUACCCCCAUCAGGCAGGCGGAUACCCACCACAGCCUGGGGCUUACCCUCCACAACCAGGUGCUUACCCACCCCAGCCUGGAGCUUACCCACCCCAAGCAGGAGGAGGCUACCCACCACAGCCAAGCGGCUACCCUCCUCAACCUGGCGGCUAUCCACCACAGCCUGGAGGUUAUCCACCACAACAAGGAGGAUAUCCUUCACAGCCUGGAGGCUAUCCACCAGCAGGAGGCUACCCACAGGCACCACCUCAAGGCAGCUGGGGAGGUGGCCCUGCUGGUGGAUAUCCCUCCAUUGGUCUUGACAACUUAUCCAACCCUGGAUAUGGAGGCAUGGCCAACCAGACCUCUUCAGGCAUGGGGGGUUUUAUUCCAAACCCGUCCAUGUUCGCCCAAGCCCCUGGGGGGUAUCCACCUGCCCCUCAACCUGGCGGGUAUGGUGCCCCCUUCCCUAACCAACAGUCAUAUGGCCUGUACCCACAGCCAGGAGGGACCAUGCCCCCCCAACAGCAAGGUCAAGCGAUGGGCUACCCUGGUCAGCCCGGCCAGCCUAUGCCUGGGUACCCCCGUGCACCAUCACCCAACCCAUCUAUGCCUGGUUACGGAGGAGCACCAGCACCUAUGCCAGGGUACCCAAAGGUCCCAUCACCAAAUCCAUCCAUGCCAGCCUAUGGAGGAGGAGGAGGAGGAGCCAUGCCAAUAGCUCCACCAGUCAAUAGGGGAUUCAGGGGAACAAUCAAGGACUUUCCUGGAGCUGACCCACUUAAGGAUGUGGAGGUCCUGAGGAAGGCCAUGAAGGGUUUUGGAACUGAUGAGCAAGCCAUUAUCGAGUUACUGGGGAGUCGUUCCAACAAGCAGCGUGUGCCUAUGCUCAGGACUUUCAAAACCGCCUAUGGAAAGGAUCUGAUUAAGGACCUGCAUUCAGAACUGUCUGGAGACUUCAGGAAGCUGGUCAUGGCCAUGAUGAAGGCCCCAGCAGAGUUUGAUGCCUAUGAACUCCACAGUGCCAUAAAGGGAGCUGGAACUGACGAGGCCUGUCUGAUAGAGAUCCUGUCUUCCCGCUCCAACGCUGAAAUCAAGGAGAUAAACCGGAUUUACAAACAAGAGUACAAGAAGUCACUGGAGGAUGCAAUUAGUGGAGACACCUCAGGCCACUUCCGCAGGCUCCUGAUCUCUCUCGCUCAGGGUAAUCGGGACGAACGACAAAAUGUUGACAUCUCCCUGGCUAAACAAGAUGCUCAGGCCUUGUAUGCUGCUGGAGAAAACAAACUGGGAACAGAUGAGUCCAAGUUCAAUGCUAUUUUGUGUGCCAGAAGCAAACCCCAUCUCAGAGCAGUGUUUCUCGAGUACCAGCAGAUGUGUGGCAGGGAUAUUGAGAAGAGCAUCGGCAGGGAAAUGUCCGGAGACCUUGAGAGUGGCAUGCUGGCAGUGGUGAAGUGUAUUAAAAAUACACCUGCCUACUUUGCUGAGAGACUUUACAAGGCCAUGAAGGGAGCUGGGACCAAAGACAAAACCCUGAUCCGGAUAAUGGUCACCCGUUCAGAGGUCGACAUGCUGGACAUUCGUCAGGAGUAUGUUAAAAACUACGGCAAGUCCCUCUACACGCACAUCUCUGGAGACACAUCAGGAGACUACAAGAAACUCCUAUUGAAGCUCUGUGGAGGCAGUGACUGAAAACCAGACUUCCACUGCAUUACUGAGAUUUCUAUAAAUAUCAAUUUUCUGCCUUAUCUUUAUGCACUAUAUACAAACUGCAAACCUGCAUGCCAUGCCAAUGCUUCCAAUGCAAUGUUUACUCAACUAUAAGAAUCGUCUACAUAUUGCUACAUGUUACUUUUAUAUAUACAGUGUCACCAAAAGGUUUUAUAUUUUUUCACUUGUCAUAUCUUUGCUGGAUAUAUGAGUCAAAUAUACACGGUCAGACAAUGGAUUUGUUAAGAGCGUACAUUAGAAUUUUAAGAGCUAUAUAUUUUAUAAAUUGUUUUGUUUCAAUUGUGCCAAUACGAUCAGAUAUUAAAUGUUAUCCGAUGCGUUUAUCAGCUUCUUUUCUGAUGUUCCGUAAUGCUGAAAAAACAUGAGUCACAGAGUAGAUAGCAGCUAUGUACCAAAGUAAAAGAUAAUGUUUGCAAUUGUAUAAUCUCUUCUAUAUUUUGUAUUGUUUUGUUCAUCAUAGUUGUGCUGUGUUUAAUGCAGAUGCUUUAAAGGUGGAGAAUACGAGUCCAAUCCAAAACCCUUUUUGGCAAAUUCAGGAAAUACGAACUAUCUGUCCAAUCAGUGUGUGUGCUGGAAAAAAAAAUCUGGUGUUUGAACACACCCCUGGCUCUGGAAAGCUAAAAAAAAAAACAAAAGUAUAUCAGACCGAUUUGCACGACACUAGUUGAGUGUGUCCUGUGUAAGCUUGUGCACUGUACACAGGACGGGGGUAAAGGGAUAGGGAGCGCUUAAUUUGUUUAUUGUAUACCUGUUGUUGUAGCAUGCAAAACCCAACAUCACAUUUCAUAAAUUGUGAUCUUGUCUUCAUGAGUCUCAGAAAAUAAACAUUGAGAACAUGC